UAUAUUGUACGUCCAUAGGUCCCAUCGAAAAUCAAAACCUAUCAACUUGGGAAUAACAAACAUGUGUCACAUCUAAAACGUGGUCCACUUCCAACAUCCUACUCACUCACUCAGUACUCACCACAAGAAAGAAAAAUCACACUAGCUUAAGCUCAAGUGUUUCACUUAGUCAACCAAAUUAACUAGUUUUCCAAACAGUACACCAACUUUGAUCAGUCUUUCUCUCCAAAACACCAUUGUUGUUUGGAAUAGUAGUAUGGGGGAUAAAAGAACGGCGACACUAACACCGACGGCGGUGAAGCGAGUAGGAAGAUGGGUUCGAAGCCGGUCGGUAAGGGAGCAAGUGACCAUGGGCGUGGUUGCAGCAAUUAUGUUGCUGGUUUUGUUGAAAGUUUUUGUCAAACGCCAAAACAACUUGUUUGUUGUAACUCAAAUUGCUCAUUCAGCUGGUCUCUUAGUUUUGAUUUACAAGUUAUCUAUCACCAAAACUUGUUCAGGUCUGUCAUUGAAGACUCAGGAGCUAACCGCUAUAUUCUUAAUCAUGAGAAUCAUAGCUUAUUUUGGCUUCUUACGCGAUUUUCAUGUUUUACUUGACUCACUAACCCUUGGAUGUACACUAUGGGUGAUCUACAUGAUACGGUUUAAGUUUAAGAGCACCUACUUGCAACAGCUUGAUAACAUGCCUUUGUAUUAUGUGUUGGUGCCUUGUGCCAUUGUUGCAAUAAUCGGCCACCCUGGAUGGCAAGUUCACAUUAUCUCAAGAUUCAUGUUUGUAUAUCUUAUGACAAUUGAAGCUGUUUCGGUGCUCCCUCAGCUUCGUUUAAUACAAAAUGCUAAGAUGGUUGAACCAUUUACAGCUCAUUACGUCUUUGCUUUGGGUGUUGCAAGAUUUCUCUCAUGCGCAAAUUGGAUAUUCAUGCUUAUUGACAGCAAGGGGGAAAUCCUGACACAUAUAGGAGAUGGACAUCUUUAUAUACUAGUGGCUCUUCUCUCAGAGGUUGUUCAAACUUUCAUCUUGGCAGACUUUUGUUACUACUACGUCAAGAGUGUAAUGGAGGGACAGCGCAUGAUGAGGUUACCUUCGCUAGUGUAAGCUAAGGACAUGCUGAGAGCUGCAGCAAUAAAUUAAUGGAGAGAUCGACACAAGUUUGUAAAACUCUUGCUUUCUGUGUGCCCCUUCCCCCAACCGCUUUCUGUGUGCCCCUUCCCCCAACCAACAAAAUAAAGAGGUAAAGAAAGCAUAAGAUUGUGUUUCCCAUAUUCUCUGUAUGUAUGUGCCGCCAAGAUAUAUCUGUAUGCUCUCAGUCUCAGCUCUGUCUGGUAGACUUAUAGAUUUCGAACUACUUCAGAGUUGUCAUCAACCAAUUUCUGUUAACUACACCGGCAAGAUUAUGUACUCUUCUAUA